AUGAACAAACUUCAAUUUAGUAUUCCUCCAAUUGACUUUGUUGGACAAAGGAUUGUUAACAAAAAUAUUUCAACUCUCAUUCCAAUCAUCACGAUUCUUGGAUUUAUUAUUGGCUUUAUUACACAAAACGUAUUUGUAAUGCUUUCAAUCUAUGGAAUCGGAUUAGCAUUUUGUUUAUUAGCAUUUGGAUUACCAAUGCCUUAUUUACGAGCAAACUAUAUUGAAUGGCAAAAAGUUGGAACUACAGUAUCUCGUUCAUCAAAGAAAGCUAAAAAUGAAUAA